AUGGCACCUCCAGAAGCAACUCAAACAAGUCACAAAAAGGAAUGGCUUGACAAUGAUCCUGUUAUUGAUCAAGAAUAUGCUGACAUCCAAAGAAAUACACCUGGACCUGUGAAAAUGCUCGCUCUUAGUCAUGGACGAUAUGCCAAAGACAUUGAUGAAUUCCGUACAAAUAAGUCUUUAGAAACAACCUUAUUGUUAUCGAGAAUUAUGGCAGAAGCACCCGCUCUCAGUGUACAAAUAGUUCGUGGUUUAAACGAUAGAGUUUACGAGAAACGUAAAGCAGCUGCAUUAGAAAUAGAAAAAUUAAUUAGAACGCAUUUUGCUUCUAAUAAUGUAGAAAAAAUUAAAAGUAUUAUUGAAAAACUCACUCAAGAUUUUGCUUACUCUGCACAUCAAAAUUCACGUAAUGGAGGUCUAAUAGGUUUAGCAGCAGCCGCAAUCGCUUUAGGGCCUGAUGUGGCACCCUAUUUAGAUGAUAUUGCUACGCCAGUUCUUCAUUGCUUUACUGACCAAGAAUCACGCGUAAGAUAUUAUGCGUGUGAAAGCAUGUAUAAUAUUGCAAAGGUUUCUAAAGGCGAGAUUUUGAGAUAUUUUAAUGAGAUUUUUGAUGCAAUGAGUAAGCUAGCCGCAGAUGCUGACUUACCAGUGAAAAAUGGAACAGAACUAUUGGAUAGGUUAAUUAAAGAUAUUGCAGCAGAACAAUCAACCACAUAUGUUUCAGUUUUAGAUGCCCCAAGCCUUGUUUCAAAUGACGAUCAAGAUUUUUCAACGGAUCCAAUGAAUAUCCCAAGAACCACAGCAUUUUCAUUACCAAAAUUUAUUCCAUUGUUGGCUGAACGUAUUCGUGUUAAAAAUCCAUUCACACGAUUGUUUUUAGUUUCAUGGAUUACAGUAUUAGACUCAAUACCAGAUCUUGAAUUGGUUUCUUUUUUACCAGAUUUUUUAGAUGGACUAAUAAAUUUUUUGAGUGAUCCCAAUGAAGCUGUGUGUGUUUCAACUUCCAACGUCUUGGCAAAUUUUUUAACAGAAAUACGUGAAGCUGUUGAGGUUAAAGAACAACAAAAACAACAAGCUAUGAAAAUCUUUUAUGUUGAACAACAACGAAAAUUUGCAAAUUUAUCUGAAAAUAAUAGCGAAACAGGCGAUAGCUUGAAAGAUGGUACUGUUACCAAUAGCAGCGUUGAUGAUGAUAACUCUACUUUGGUUAAAUCAGUUGAUGCUGGUGAUGCCUUUUGGGAUUCUAUAUCUAUAAGUGAGAUGGAGGGUAAAGGUAAAGGAACCUGGGUCCCAGGUCAAAGUGUAGAGAUCAAUUUUACCAGAAUUAUUGAAAUUUUAAUGCCACAUUUAAGUUCCUCAGUUGAACAAAUUCAAGAAACAGCAUUGAAAUGGAUAAAUGAAUUUAUUAAUAUUGCUAAAGAAGUGGUCAUCAGCUUUACACCUCAAUUAAUAAGUGCUGUCUUACCCUCCUUGGCUCAUUCAGUUCCAAAUAUCCUUUCAUACCAAUAUGUAAAAAUUGAUUCAAAUAGUGUUGUAGAUACGUCACCUUUAAUAGAGGAGGAAGUUGAUCCUUUUGAUUAUCGAUCAACAGUUAGAUCAUUGGUGGAUCAAUUUAUUAACAGCCAUGAAGAAACAAGAAUUGCAAGUUUAGAUUUGUUGAUAAUGCUUCAUAAAAAAGCGCCCAAAAAGAUACUUGCUUUUGAUGAUGGGUAUUUUCCAAAUCUAUUGGAACUUCUCUUAGAUCCAUCAGAAGAAGUUGCAAAACGUGAUCUUCAGCUUCUUGCACAAUUAUCUUCAAGUUCUCAAGAUGAAUAUUUUCCAAAGUUUAUGGUUGACUUGUUGAAAUUGUUUGCUACUGAUCGCAAAUUAUUAGAAAACAGAGGAAGUCUAAUUAUUCGGCAUUUAUGUCUGAGUCUUAAUUCAGAAAGGAUAUACAUGAGUUUUGCUGAGAUUUUGGAAAAAGAAGAGGAUAUAGAAUUUGCUUCAAAUAUGGUACAAAAUCUCAACAGUAUACUUAUAACGUCACCAGAACUUUCAGAUUUAAGAAGAAGAUUAAAACACUUGGAGGCAAAGGAUGGACAAAUCUCAAGCCUAUGA